AUGGAAACAAAACAAUUCCCCCAUUUUUAUGCUUAUUAUAAUUAUUUGGCUUCGCUUAUACAACAACAAACAUGGGAAGCUGCACAAAAAUAUGGAGUGUUAAUAAGUUGUAAUGAUUCUCAUGCUGAUUUAAAAUUCCUUCAGAUUCCAUCGCCAGAAAAACGUUAUUAUGACAGAAGUGUAACAAAAUGGCCAGUAUUUGGGGAUUUAGUGCUGAUGCAUUUAAAUGUUUUGAAUAAUUUAAGUGAAAAAAAUUGGCAUUCGGCAUUUAUUCACCAAACAAAUAUGUUAAAAAUAUUUAAUCAAGAAAUUUUACAAAAAGAAAAAGAUGCUAAUUGGUUUUGCCCGAUACUUUAUAUUCUUUGUAGUGAUCUUAGAUUAGUGGCUAAAAUUGCAGAUAAACAAGGAUGUACUUUAUGGAGUCGAAGUGAUACACAAACCUCAACAUUCUAUGAAGAAGCAGCUUCGCCAAUAAUGGAAAGUUACAGAAUUUGUGUUGCGGAAAGUCGUUUGGCUGCCGAAACAACAAAAAAGAUUGCAAUACUUAAUUUAACAAAUCAAUUAUUUCGAAUUUAUUUUGGGAUUAAUCGUCUUCAUUUACUAAAACCUUUAAUUCGAAGUAUUGACCACGUUGGGGAUUUAUAUCAACGUUUUUCUAUGGCAGAUAAAAUUACUUAUAAAUAUUUUUUGGGAAGAAAAGCAAUGUUUGAUAUGGAUUUGGCAAAAGCUGAGGACUCUUUAACUUUUUCUUUUGAAAAUUGUCCGGCAAAUUAUGUUAGAAAUAAACGUUUAAUUCUCAUGUAUUUAAUUCCCGUUAAAAUGUUUUUGGGGCAUAUGCCGACACAACAAUUACUUUUAAAUUAUAAUUUACAACAAUUUUCUGAUGUUGUUACGAGUGUUAAAGAUGGAAAUCUUCGAGAAUUAAAUGCAGCAUUACAUAAACAUCAACAUUUCUUUAUUAAAUGUGGAAUAUUUUUAAUGCUUGAAAAACUUAAAGGAACAACUUACAGAAAUUUGUUUAAAAAAAUUGCUCUUAUUUUAAACACUCAUUUAAUUAAAUUGGAGGCAUUUCUUGCUAUACUUCAUUUUCUUGGGACAGAUAUUGAUGCUGAUGAAUUAGCUUGUAUUUUGGCUAAUUUAAUUGCCCAAGGAUAUAUUUCACAUCAAAAACAAACUUUGGUUAUUGCCAAACAGAAAGCAUUUCCUCCACUUUCGGCAAAAUAA